GGAUAAAGAUGUUGCAACCUUUCAUAUAUUCAGAGAGACGUGAUGCUCCAUCGUUCCCCGCGCAGACAACACCUCCCGAUGUGCGUAACUGGCAGUCAUUGUCACUGUUUUCUCCCCCUUUGCUCCUCUCGACGCGCAUUGGACGGGCUGAUGGUGCGUAAGCCUCUGACUCCGCUCCCUGCACUCUCCCUACAUAAACAUAGAAAGAUGAAGGUUAAAAAGGGGACCUUCGCUGAACUGAUUAUGUACCUGAUGCCAAAGUCUUAUUAGAGAGGACAGGCGAGCGGUCGGUCCUGCGCGCUGCUCGCUGUGGUUGCUGUUGGAGUUGCGCACCGGACUUCCAGAAACCGUAAAGCUCUACCACUGUGGAUAUCUCUUCUCCCGUGGCACGACGUGAACUUUUCUACCUUUGUACAUGUGGCCAUGCAUGAGAUCAGAGGAGAACGGCAUUCGUUCGCUCCAAAGUGUCGGACUCUACGCGCCUCGCCGCAUCCAAGUUCAGGAAUCUGGUGAUUCUGGGGACAGAAACUGAACCAACUGGUAGCGGAAUUGAAUAUAUUUUCUUUUCAGCUGUGCUCUUCUUCCUUUCUCUUGUACUGAUGGGAUUUUCUUCAAGAAGAACUGUUUAAAGGCAUCCCAGUUUGAAAAUGCCGGAAGGACUUGCGCAAAGCUCCUCGAAAUCCUAUCUGUUCUGAAAUGUUCCUGACUAAACCAGGUGUCGACAAAGCUUUUUAGUCAAACUUGGACAGUGUGAUCCAAACCUGAGGCGUGCCAUCACUUUGAGAACACACGCAGUGCCAUUUUUAUGACCGACGCUGCAUCCAGGGGCUUUCUAUUCUAGUCCAAUUUAAAAUCCUCCUUUUGCGCGCACCUUUUUGCAGGGAUACUUGUUUUCCAACGUCUCCAGCAACCAUGUUGCAUGUGCUCCAGAUGUUGGCGUUACUUUGGACAGUAGCCGACUGUCGAGUCUUGGGUGGUUUGCAGAGAUAUUCCUCCAUUCCCACAUACCUGCCUGUCAACUACCAGCUGUUCAAUGCUGACUUGGCCUUUUUCCUGAAAGAGGCCAAUCAAGACUUCAUGAGGAACUCUAGCCUGACGUCACGAACUGAAUCGUUCUUCAUCUACCAGGCCAGAAGUUUCCCCUCAGUGAAUGCCAGCUAUGGGCCCCUCUCUGUGGAGCAGCCUAUCCCGGUGGAGCUACUACAGAGCCCAGGAACAUUUCCUGCCUCUUCAGUGUUUACCUUUAACUGGAAGGUGCAGACAUAUAUCAUGAAUACUAGGAUUCAUUUAGCCAAACCUAAAGUUCAGGUGCUGUUUUACGUAGGGGGUAGGGACUGGGAUGACUACAGCGCCACAGACAAGUUGCCCUGCGUGCACAUGUUUGCUUUCCAUGAAACCCAGGAGGUGCGCGGCAAUUGCCAGCUGAAAGGGUUGCUGGGGCUGUGUGUGGCUGAGUUGGAGCCACUGGCCAGCUGGUUCAGCCCACCCAGCGUAGUGCCAGGACGCCAGAGGAGCUUGGAAGUGUCCGAAGGCACUUCAGUGGAGCUCUACUACAUGCUGCAGUCCAUCGAGGCAGGAGAGUGCCACUCAGAGGAGUCCAGAAGAGACAGCUUCAUCCGCUCAAGUCAAGAGGGGCUGUUUGGGUCCUACACCUCCACGCCACUGAAAAGGAUUGGUGGGGUGAAGCUGUAUCAGAACCCGCCUGAGCCCCCUCUUGCUGAAUACAGGUUGGAUGAUAACUUCAUGGUCAUGGUGCCUUCCAUACCGAUGAGACAGAGGGAAACAGUGUCUGCCUUUAUUACCAUGUCAGCCUACUCCACUGCGGAAAUGUUUACUCUCAGAGUGAAGUUGAAAGAAGGAGUGACGUUUCUUGGCGCUCGUCCCAGCAACCCCACCCAGUGGAUAGUUAGCCAGGAUGUGAGGAGUGAAGGACAUCGAGUGGUGACGCUCCACUGCCACAGGAAGGAGUCCACUUAUGAGCGACAAAGGUCAGACAUGGCAGUUCAACGGGUGCUCCAGGUGGAUCUCAAGCUGGAAACUUUCCCGGAGCCAACAGGCAGCCGCUGGAUGGCCUGGCAGGUGGAGUACCCUGUCAGCCGUGUUGCCUCACAAGAGACCGAGACGGAAAUCCGCCUGGCACAAGAAGAGCUGGCGGGCAUCGUGCCGCUGGCCAUGGACAAUGAGAUUUUGAACACGGCUGUCUUGACGGGAAAGACUGUUGCUGUCCCAGUUAUGGUGGUGACCGUCGGAACAGACUCCUCUGUAACUGAUGUCUCUGAAUCGGUGACGUGUCGCUCAACAGACGAGGACGUGGUGAAGGUGUCUGACAGGUGCGACUACAUUUUUGUAAAUGGCAAGGAGAUGAAGGGCAAGGUGAAGAUGAUGGUGAAUUUCACUUACGGAUACCUAAGUGCUCAGCUGGAGCUCAGCGUGUGGAUCCCUCGACUCCCCCUACAGAUCGAGGUGUCAGACGCGGAGCUGAGCCAGAUCAAAGGGUGGAGGGUUCCCAUCAUUUCCACCGACCAGCGGUCGACACGGGACAGCGAGGAUGAAGAUGAUGAAGACAGACGAGGCCGAAGCUGCUCUCUGCAGUACCAACACGCCAUUGUGAAAGUCCUGACUCAUUUUGUUGCUGAAUCUGCUGAUUCACAAGGACAAACCAGCUUCUUGCUGGGAUCUGACUGGCAGGUGGACAUCACAGAGAUGGUGUGGGAUUUCCUGAAAGUAGUGAAUCCUCAAAUCGCAAAGUUACUGGACAGGAGGAUUCUGGUAGGGGUGGACAUUGGGGUGACAGUUAUUCAGGUUUUAUCUCCACUGUCAGACUCAAUCUUGGCAGAGAAGGCUAUAACUGUAGUGGAUGACAAGGUGACCAUCACAGAGCUGGGGGUCCAGCUGGUUACGGGCCUCUCCAUGAGCCUCCAGUUAAGUCCAGGGAGCAACAAAGCCAUCCUGGCCACGACCACCACACAGGAAGUGCUACAAAGCCCCAAACAGGAGGCCUUGAUCAGCGCAUGGCUCCAGUUCAGUGAUGGUUCUGUGGCUCCUCUGGACCUUUACAGUCCAGACUCCUUCAUCCUGACGGCCACUUCCUUAGAUGAAGAAGUGGUCACAGUGCAGCAGGACCCCUCGUGGAAAUGGCCUGUCAUCGUUACAGAGGCAGAAGGUCAAGGCCUCCUCGUUCGAGUAGAAAUGACUGUGUGCGAAGUCUGUAAAAAAUUCAAGCGGCGCAGCAUACUAGCAGCUGGCAACUGUAAUGUCAGGGUCAAGUUUGGACAUAAUGACAGCUCAAAGGGAGGGAACAGUGACUAUGGUCUGGAUGGAGAUGAUACCGAGAGCAGAGGCAGGUUCUCCUCCUCCCAGGACAAGACUGGGCUAGAAAACCCCUACUAUGGCAGUUCCAUAUCUGAAAUAGAGGACGGAGUGCUGCGGAGAGCUACCACAACAAGAAGCGAAAUAAUACGGCGACCUAAUGGGGGCAAACUCUCAGAUGAUGGCAAUCAAAAGAUACAGACUGACUUUGGGGACUUCCCAGCACAAAUAGAUCUGCCUCGAGGCCGCAAUAUGGACGACGAGCUCCUUCAGUCGACACGUGGACUGACAGACCUAGAGAUUGGCAUGUACGCCCUGCUUGGGGUCUUCUGCCUCGCCAUCCUGGUCUUUCUUAUCAACUGCAUUUCUUACACCCUCAAAUUCCGCCACAAAGAGCUCUCCAUUGAGGGCCAGGAGAACAUGAACCACGCCCAUGACUGGGUGUGGCUGGGGAACGAGUCAGAGCUGCUGGAGAGCCAGGUGAGCCUUUCUCCUCAGAGGGAAGAACAAACCUCCAUCAUGGACUCGAGCAGUGGCCUCGAGGAGGGCAGCCACCUGCUGAACGGCGGUUCCAUCCAGAAAAAUGUGCAGAGCCAGGUGCACCGGGCACCAGACACAAGCUGCAUAUCAAAGGACAGCAAAGGAGACUCCCCAACCACCAAGAGGAAGAGAGUCAAGUUCACCACUUUCACCACUAUCUCCUCAGACAAUAGCUAUUCCACUGUAAACACACUGACUGGAAGCCGCAGCCAGGACAUUAAGUGGGUAUGCCAAGACGUGCAGCUGGGAGACCCUAGUGAGUUGCGCAAUUACAUGGAAAGGUUAAAUGACAGUGCUUUAAAGGAGGCGUUAUAACAGACUGUGCACUCGUUACAAACUCACCCUAAUGCCUUCCAAAGGAUACCGAGUCUUAACAGACCUAUGCGAAGUAGAUCAAGAAGGGAAUUUACCACAAAAUCACCAGAAACUGCCAAAGGGUCAUAACAUUCAAAAGACUGUCAAGAUUUCACAAAUGAUAAUCCACCAUGUAUAAGAAUUCCAGAAAAUUAUUUUCCUGUUAGCUUAUUAGAGAUAAUUACCUUUUUUUUUUUAAUCAUCCUUUUAUUGUUAAGAGUGUUCCGAAUGAACUGAUGGUCCCUGGAUUUGACAUAACCUGAGACAUGGCCUGAAGUUGAAAAUGUGUUGAAUGACUUUGGAACUUUUGUACAACUUUGAAUAGUAAUUUCUUAUGUGACAUUUGAAUUCUGUUGAAGAGCUGUGAUUGGCUAAAUCAAGCUAAAGAGGAAUAUCUGCAUGUUUUAAGGGAAAAAAGGCACAAGUUUCCAGGUCAUUCCCAUUUCCCUUGGCAAGGCAGAAAACCUGUUAUGUAUAUAAUGAACGGUUCUAAAGCAUUGUAUUGUUGAUCUGUAUAUUGUAUUUUCAUAUCAUUUAUGGAAUACACAACGAUGUCAAAAGUA